AUGGCAGAUAACCCUAUUGCUUUAACGGCUGCCGCCUCUCUUGCAACCGCUUCGAGGCUUAUGGAAGGCACGCAAAGACUGCUUUUCCACCAGCUUCAGACCCGCAAAGAAGGAACGAAUUCUUCUGCCGAUUACGUUAUCGUGGUUAAGACGAAACAAAAUGCUGAAGAGGACAAAGACCAGUUAAGCCAGCGUCUUCGAGACACUUGCCUGCGAAUAAUGACCCAACUAAAUGGGGCUGGGCUGAAAUUUGAAGUGCGACGGGGUUCAAAAGAGUUUAUAUUCUUUUUCGUUCUUUGUUCAACUGAGCGGCUGAAGCUAGAAGUACGUAGAGCCAGAUUGGCUGAUUGGCUGACUGGUGUCCGUAUCCGCGACGUUGACGACGAUUCUGCCGAUGGAAGUGAUUCUCAACUAACGGAAGCUGAGCGUCUCCGAUUGGUGUAUGAUAUAAUUACGAAUCCUCGCUCAGAGGGGGGAGCGGAUAUAAAACCAGGUUCCGAUAAGCUCGAACUGGUAGGAUCACUACUUCCUCUUCAUGACAGAGUGUACAACGAUGACUGGAUUAAAAGUUGGUCAACAAAAUGGAUUAUUAAUAAAAAUGAUUUGAUGAGCUUGCGAAACCAUUUUGGAGAAAAAAUAGCCUAUUAUUUUGCGUUUCUACAGUAUUAUGCUCUUUGGUUAAUUGCUCCGUCAAUCGCCGAGUUCUGGAAACGCAAAGAAAGAGAGCUAUCUAUUUUAUGGGGCACUCGCAAUUUCUCUCGGUUCGAGAAACGACGGCCCGCUUUUCGUGAAGAGAAAUACGUAAAGAAUCCUAUAACUGGCGAAUUGCAACCGUACUUUCCACCGUGGAAGCGAUGGCUUAGGCGCGCGAUUGCAGCCCCUGUAAUCAUUGUAUUUAGCUUUACUUUGGCUACAGCUCUUAUCUUCUAUAUUCUUCUUGAAGUUAUCGUGUCCGAAUACUAUACUGGGCCCUUCCGAGAACAAGUUAUUUAUCUACCAACUGUUAUAUAUUGCAUUUUGGUCCCAGCAAUUAAUAUAGUAUACAAUCGGAUUGCCCGCCAGCUUAACGAAUAUGAGAAUCACGAGACCGAAUCCUAUCAUGAGUAUAAUUUAUCACAAAAGAUAUUUAUCGCCAAUUUCCUAAUUGGUUAUCUUUCUCUGUUUUUUAUUGGAUGGGUCUAUAUUCCGUAUAACAAGGAAAUUGGAGAAUUCUUCCAUGAUCUGGCUGAGAUACUGGGCUUGUCAAUAACUGUAAAGCCAGUAGGAUCAGAGAGGUUGAAGAACGAAUUGAAAUAUUUCAUCAUCACUGCACAAGUUAUUAACUUUGUUACAGAAGUUGUACUGCCAUAUGCUUUAAGAUAUGGUGAGCACUGCGUUCAAAAGGCAAAAAGCCUUAGCAACACUUCAUCAGAUAACAAUGGAGUGAAUGAGGAUGAAGCCGGGUUUCUCAAAAGAGUUAAGAGAGAAGUAGAUCUACCGGUUUAUGACAUUUAUGAAGACUAUGCUGAAAUGAUUCUUCAGUACGGCUAUGUUAGUCUAUUUGCUGUAGUAUGGCCGUUGACGCCGAUCUGUGCCUUUGUUAAUAAUUGGAUCGAACUUCGAUCGGAUGCAAUUAAACUUUGCGCGCACACUAGGCGGCCUAUUCCAGCAAGAGCGGAUAGCAUUGGCCCUUGGUUAGAUAGCUUGACAAUAAUUACAUGGUUGGCAACUAUCACCAACCCAUCGUUCGUAUAUUUAUAUCAUCCGAGUUCAAAUGCCUUUGCUUCCCCAUCAGCUAUGCUAGUGACUGUCACAUUGAUCUGGUUCGCAGAACACAUUCUCAAUGUAUUGCGAUAUGCUUUACAACAAAUGUUAAAUGCUUUUCCCAGCUGGGCUGAUGAGUUGGUUCAGAAAGAAGAAUAUGAAUUAAAGAAGCGCUGGACGGAAAGGGUUGGAAUCGCUCCAGUUUUAUCACUAGAAAACGAAAAUCAUAGUGAGGCGUCAAAUAAGGAGAAAAGUGAGUUGCUUCGGUACGAAACGACUCAUGCAGACCACCAAGAGAUCUUGAAAGAGAUACUCGAGCAUCUAAAAAUGGAAUGA